AUGGUCGCCGCCGCCAUGGUGGACCGCAUCUCUGUGGCAAUUUUGAAGUUGGAAUAUGCAUCCACCACUAGCAACCACAUGGAGUCCCAAAACGGGCUCGCAAAGUCCUUCUCCCUCGGGUGUUAUCGGGUGGGCGAAGAGACGAGGUCCUUCCUGGGGUUCACCUGGCACGACUCGCACUUCGUACCAGAUUCAGGAUGUCCUCCGACAUCCCGUCCCAGAAGCAUGCGGGUGUCCCAUGGUGUGUCCGCGCUCCCGCGUGGUCGUGCGGAGCACGGCGGGCUGUCACGUGUUUCGGAGGCCGGCAGGGCUUGGUCGCGAGCUGCGCAGAAGGAGGAAGAAAUGGCAGCGUGCAAUAAUUCCAGUGAGCAGCAAGAAGCGAUGCCGGAACAAUAUGGUAAAUUUUAUGACAAUCCGGAAGUAGCCAGCACGGUGAGUGUUGCGUGUUUAGGACAUGCAGACCGAAGGGCAGCUGCAGACUUCUUCCGGGAUGCCCUCGCUCGUGGCGCUUCCCACCGCCAUCUUGAAUUAACGGCACUGGUACCCAGCUCCCCUACAGCUUGCUGCUACACCAGUUCACGUGAUAGGACGCACAUUACACAUUUAUUGAAGUUUAAAUUGGCUAAAGAUUAUUCAGAAGACUUAACUAUAUCUUUUAUUCUUUUAUUUUGUAGUUUUAUUCAUUUCAGGAGUAGUCAACGGAAACAAAUUAGUGCUGAGUUGCGAUACAAUAAUAAAAUAAGAGUUUCUUAUGGGAUUUUGUUUAUGACUAGUGGAGGUCUUUUUGACCCUUAUCGUACCGAGUCGAUUCCGAAGCCGGAAGAUGUAUGA